CUCAAAAUAAUAUUAAAAAGAAAAAAGGGAGACUCGAAUAUAUGCCUUUUUGAAGCAACGCCAAAAGACCGGCAACCGCAAGACGAAGAAGCUCUUUAAUUGUCUCUCGUUCUUAUUUCGCUUCUCUGGUGGUUGUAUUUUGUGCGCUUCUGUCUCCAGAAGAGCGUUUCAUUCAUUUUGCUGAGAAGCAAAGCAGCAAAGGCAGAAAAUUAGGGUAUUCUUUUUGCUUCUUCCAUUGGAAUCCAUUUAACAGGUAUUUUGGGUUCUGGGUAUAGCACCCGCAGAAAUAAAAUUGUAGUGGAGGAGCUGAAAAAGACCCAAAUAAGAUGUCAGGCAGGAAAGAAACAGUUUUGGACCUGGCCAAGUUCGUGGAUAAAGGUGUCCAAGUCAAGCUCACUGGUGGCAGACAAGUUACUGGAACUCUAAAAGGAUAUGAUCAGCUGCUAAACCUUGUCCUGGAUGAAGCAGUAGAGUUUCUUAGAGAUCCUGAUGAUCCACUGAAGACUACAGACCAAACCAGGCGCCUCGGUCUAAUAGUCUGUAGAGGAACUGCUGUGAUGCUUGUGUCGCCAACUGAUGGUACAGAUGAGAUUGCCAACCCUUUUGUCCAGCCAGAAGGAUCUUAAUGUCUAUAACUGAUGGUAAAGAUGAGAUUGCCAACCCUUUUGUGGAGCCAGAAGGAGCUUAAUGCGAACUUUGAUUUUUCUAACUUAAAAGAAUUGUAGCGCAUUUCCUAUCUCUCAGACAUCAAUUUUAGAAAGCUUCCAUGAAUAUUAAUUAUGCACUAUUUUAUGACUGCACUUUAUUCGGUCAAAUAUUAAGGACUUAAACUUAUUGUAUUCUAUUUUUAUUUUGGUUUCUUUUUUAAAGAGAAUUUUAGUUUUUAAUUAAAAAUGCAGUUUCUCGGACCA